AUGCCUACCUCCCCGAUGGCUAUACAGCCAGCCGCUCCAACGCCGUCAAUCUUUAAGAAGAAGGCGUCGUCGGUCAUGCCGACUGCAGCGUCCUACUUGUCUGCUGUCUCUGAAGCCGAUGCGCGCUCCCGUGCUCACGGAGGGACUCCCUCAUCCACCCCUGCGUUGUCGCUGUCAUCGUCUGUCACAGUGUCGUCGGAGGACACGGUGUUGAACGAAACUGGGUUUGACUUCAACGAUGUGCUCACCUAUCCAAGUGUUCCCCCAAACUCGGAGCAGGUUUUCAGCACAGUCCACUCGGAAUUCGGUCAUUGUGCGAACGAGAAGUACAGGUUUACUUCCCAGCAUCGCGCUGGCACUCAGUACAAGAAUUACGAGGAGCAGGAUCCGCCUUACUACAUCCUCGUCACGACGUACCUGAGCUACCUCAUGGUUAUAUGUCUUGGUCAUCUUCGUGACUUCAUUGGCAAGCGACUUCGACCCUCUGUCUAUAAGCACCUCAUGGUUCAGGACGGUUAUGCCCCCUUGAAUUCGGAUUUCGACUCCUUCUACACUCGCCGUCUUAAAACGCGUAUUGAUGAUUGCUUCUCUCAUCCCGUGACGGGUGUUCCUGGGCGUACGAUUAUGCUUUUGGACCGUUAUUCCACCGACUACAAUAUGACGAUGCUGCCCACCGGUACGCGCACGAGAGCGCUCAACAUAUCGUCGUACAACUACCUCGGCUUUGCGCAAGCACGAGGCGCGUGCGCUGAUGCCGUUGAAGAGUCAGUUGCGCGAUAUGGCGUUUCUGCGUGCGGUACGCGUCUAGAGGGCGGUAUGCUCGACUUGCACUUGCAUGCGGAAUCAUUGGUUGCGCGAUUUGUGGGUAUGGAAUCGUCGCUCAUCAGUUCGAUGGGUUUCGCGACGAACUCGACCAUCAUCCCGGCGUUGGUCGGCAAGGGUAGCUUGGUGAUCUCCGACGAGUAUAACCAUGCCUCUAUCCGAUUUGGUGUAAGGCUCAGCGGCGCGAACGUCCGGACGUUCAAGCACAAUGACAUGCAGGCACUAGAGGCGCUCCUGCGCGAGGUCAUCAGCCAGGGCCAGCCCAAGACGCACCGCCCGUGGAAGAAGAUCCUGCUGAUCGUCGAGGGUCUGUACAGUAUGGAGGGAACGAUGGUGAACUUACCCGUGAUCAUGGAGCUCAAGAAAAAGUACAAGUUCUACUUGUUCGUUGACGAAGCACAUUCCAUUGGUGCUAUUGGACCCCGCGGUCGUGGUGUAUCGGACUACUUCGGAAUCAACCCGCGCUCCGUUGAUAUCCUCAUGGGUACCUUCACCAAGUCGUUCGGGGCUGCUGGUGGGUACGUCGCUGGCAACAAGGAUCUCGUCGACAGCAUUCGCAUGUACGGACACACCGGGACUUAUGCGGAAGCGAUGGCGCCACCGAUUGUCACACAGGUCAUCGCGAGCAUGGCGAGCAUCAUGGGCAUUUCGGUGCCCACGGAAAAGUCCAACUCUCCUGCGUUAUCGCUCAUCCGGUCAGAUACUGCCCCGGUGACUGCAGAGGAUUCAGAGUGCCAGUACCCGGGCAAGGUGCCCUCGUCGGCGCUCCCGCCGUGGAUGCUGCCCUCGCCGAGCAUGAUUGAUGGCUCAGAUGGACGCAUGCGCCUGCGCAGGCUGGCAUUCAACGCGCGGUACUUGAACCGAGGCCUGCGCAAGCUCGGAUUCAUCACGUAUGGCGGGGUUGACUCGCCCGUCGUGCCGCUGCUGCUGUUCAAUCCGGGCAAGAUGGCUGUGUUCAGUCGGAUGAUGCGCACGCGUGCCAUCCCAAUCGUCGUCGUCGUCGUUGGGUACCCAGCCACGCCACUGGUCACAUCGCGCGUGCGCUUCUGCCUGAGCGCGUCGCACACAAAGGAGGAUGUGGACACGGUAUUGAUGGCGUGUGAUGAGGUGGGCGACCUGCUGAACCUCAAGCAGGGCGACGGUGAGCGGUGGCCGCUAGAGCAGAUUAUCGAGCGAGCGGUUGAGCUCGUGAACAUGCCCGAGGCGUAA